GAUUCAAAUUCAAACACAGUCGCUUUGUGGUCCAUUGUUGUGAGAAAAGUGUCGAGUUUAAAAGUGAAAAUGUGCAGAGCCGCGUGCCUCCUCGCGCUCAUCGGGUUAAUCAGCCUCGUUGCUCACGCGCUGGACAAUGGUCUCGCGCUGAAACCCACUAUGGGCUGGCUGCACUGGGAGAGGUUCAUGUGUAACACCGACUGUGACACAGACCCUGAUAACUGCAUCAGUGAGCGUCUGUACAUGCAGAUGGCAGAUGUGAUGGCGAAGGAGGGCUGGAAAGAGGCUGGUUAUGAAUACGUCUGCAUCGAUGACUGCUGGCCCUCCCACCAGCGCGAUGCCCAGGGCCGCCUGCAGGCAGACCCCAAGAGGUUCCCGGGGGGCAUCAAGAAACUGGCCGACUAUGUUCAUUCGAAGGGGCUGAAGCUGGGUAUCUAUGCAGAUGUGGGGAAGAACACCUGUGCUGGAUACCCUGGCAGUCUGGGUUACUAUGAGACAGAUGCUCAGACUUUUGCUGACUGGGAGGUGGAUCUGCUCAAGUUUGAUGGCUGCUAUAUGGACUGGAAAUUGCUGGGAGAAGGCUAUGCCAACAUGUCAAAGGCACUGAACAAAACUGGAAGAAGUAUCCUGUACUCCUGUGAGUGGCCUUUAUAUGAGUGGCCCUUCCAUCAGCCCAACUACACAGCCAUCCGUGAGACGUGCAACCACUGGCGCAACUUUGCUGACGUGUUCGACUCAUGGAGCUCUGUCAAGUCCAUCUUGGACUGGACUGCUUCUCAUCAAGACAUCAUUGUCCCCGCAGCUGGACCUGGGGGCUGGAACGACCCCGACAUGCUCGUGAUUGGGAACUUUGGCCUGAGUCAUGAUCAGCAGGAGUCUCAGAUGGCAUUAUGGGCCAUCAUGGCAGCCCCUCUGCUGGUGUCCAAUGAUCUGAGGGACAUUUGUCCUCGCUCCAAGGAGCUGCUGCAGAACAGACACAUCAUCGCCAUCAGCCAGGACCCACUGGGCAAGCAGGGAUUCCUCACUGCCAAGGUGAACAGUUUUGAAGUGUGGGAGCGGCCUCUGUCCAACAACAGACUGGCUGUCGCUGUGCUGAACAAACAGGAGAUCGGCGGUCCCCGAGGGUUUGUCUUUAGCGCGGCUCCCGGCUGGAAGAUCUGUGACCCCCAGUGUAACGUCACACAGAUCCUGCCUCAGUACAAGGAAAUGGGUGUUCUGACUCCACAAACCAAAAUGGUUAUAUCUGUCAACCCCUCAGGUACCACUCUACUGACUGUCACUCCCAUCAGUGGUGACUUUACUGGGCUUCACAAGCUACAAUGGAAGAGCACAUCUGUCAAUGGCAAGCACACCAUAUUGUAGUCCUCAGUUAUGCACUUUCGAAUUUUGCUGAUGGUUUUAAGUGGAAAAUUGUUGAUCUUUAAACAUUUAAACAGAUUUGCUGCUUUUGUUAAAUGGAGUGUCUAUAUUUCAUAAAAGGGAAAAGGUUUCAGGGUUUGGUCAAACAUGCACAAAAUUAACUUUGACGAAUAUCUGCUUUCCACUCAGUGUGAGCAAAGGGCCAAAUAAAACAUACAGUGGCAAACAAAUUGGCAUCACGUUGAGUGUGUGAAGACAGUGAUUGUCACUCUGUCUAACCAGCCCAUAUUGUAUGAUAAUCGCCAUGAAAAAUCCAAACUGCACGUUGAAAAUGUAAAAUGUAGACAACCUUUCACUGUAUUACAAAGCCAGUUACCAACCACCACAUCCGACACUGCCCAAAAUGUCACCACGGCAGGUGAUGGUCACUCAUGAGCAUUUGUUGAUAUGCAUCCAUGGCCUUUCAAUCUAUAGUUUGUGUGAAUACACCUGGAUAUUAUGACAAUUACUUUGCACCUGCUUUUUAAAAUGUUGAAUAAAUCACUGGAAAAUGUUUUUGAACUUGAA